GGCCCCCCUUUCCCGGUGCCAAGCGGAGCUGUUUGGGCUGGCUGCCGAGGACGUCUACCUAGUGCAUGACGAACUGGACAAGCCUCUGGGGAAACUGGCUCCGAAGCUGGGGGGCAGUGCCAGGGGCCACAACGGAGUCCGUUCCUGCAUCAGCUGCCUCAACUCCAGUGCAAUGCCAAGGCUACGGGUGGGCAUCGGGCGCCCAGUCAGUCCCGAGGCGGUCCAGAGCCACGUGCUGGGCUGCUUCUGCCCCGCCGAGCUGGAACAGCUGCCUCUGCUGCUGGACCAGGCCACUGACCUGCUCCUGGACCACAUCCGCGAGCGGAGCCAGGGGCUCCUGUCAAACCCCUGA